AUGUCCCCGGCUCAUCAUCCGGACAUGCCGACGACGACGUCGCCAGAACCCGACCAGAUCACCACAGCGAGGAUCAAGGUCCAGACUUUCUACAAGUACCGCAGAGUGGGCGAGCCAGUGCAUGACUUCAUACGGAAGGCAGAGGUCGAAGUCGCUACCUACGAGGAGAUGCAAAGGCAGCGAUCUGUCGGAGCACCACUCCCCGCCGCAGCUGCGACCGGUGGCGGCGGCGGACGCUCAUACGACGAGUCACGGCGCAGCGUGAACUCGGCGAUGCAGGGCAGGGAUUCGCUCGACGAGUCCCGUCCUGCGGGAGAUGGGUUGCAGCAACCUCCCAGCCGUACGCCUGCAACGACUCUCCUGCCCACACCACCACCCGCCAGUAUAGCCACCCAGCACGCCCACACCGACUGCUGGGGCGAGACUUAUCGCCCCCCGCCCGGUUGUUCUGGACGUCAACGCUUAGCCUUCGACCAGAGUCACCAUGUUCACCGGCAGCCCCCGCCGCCCCUGCCUGGUGUACCCCCGAGUUAUGCCGUGCAUCAUGCCAAUCGUAAUGCAACUCAAUUCAACGAAGGGACAGAAGACCUUCUCGAUACACUGGCCGAGCGAGUCCUAGUUCGGCAUCCUUCGGUGGGUUACAUGAGAAUGACCAUCGCCGUUUAUCUCGAUCUGAAGCGACGGGCACCAGGGAAGGGGGCGUUGGCCCACAUCCUGGCUGUGGCCCGAAUUUCUAACGGGAGCGCGAAGACAUUUGAAAGGAACACGAAACUUCUCGAAGAUAUGGGCACCGUCUUGAACGAAGCUGAUUUUUUCACCACAGCAUCUAGGCUCGAAGCGGGUCUCGGGACCGCUGCUCCGGCCGCCAUAAGCGCGCCUGUUCCGGCAUCUGCCAGCACGCCUGCGCAGGGGUCUGCUUCAUCACCAGGGACCUGA